AAAAGACAGCGGCUCCGCUGGCUAGGUCAUGUCGUCCGAAUGGACGAAAACACUCCAGCACUGAAAGUAUUCAGCGUCCAAUACUCCCGCCGGGGGAAGCAGAGGAAGAGGAAGACCUCCACUGCGUUGGAAGGACCAGGUGGAGAAGGACCUGGGCCCUAUUGCACCAUUCACUUAGCACUUUUCACUUUGCAAAUUUUUGAAAAGAGUUUUUUUUUUUGAAAAGUAAAGUUGAUGAGUGUUGCACUUUAAACUUAUCAAUAAGCUUUUCAACUUGUCGAAACUGACGAGCACUUUGGAUAAGUUGAUUUGAUAAGCGUUGCACCAACAAUUUCUUUUGCUUUGCAAAUAGAAAAAACUUUUCUAAUAAUGUGCUAAGCGCUCUCAAUGAGAAGUGGAGCAAAGCAAUGUACGUUUCGAUAAUAUUGCUCAGUUUCUCUUUAUUAUUUAGAGUGCUAUGUCGCGUGCACAAAACAAAGCCAAUAAAUUGGCCGUUUUACAAGUUAUAAAGGGGAAAAAAGAUUCUUUAUUUGGAUCUUUUCAAAAUAAUGCAACUUGCAAAACGCAAAAGCAAGAUGGUUGGACUGAAGUUCUAAAGACGGCACAAUCCCUCGGACUAGCUGCUGCUAAUCUAGAUCUUAUGCAAGAGAUAAUUUAUUUGGCCUUUGGAAGAACCGAACUUUGGCGUAAAAGGACAAUGCCAAGAGGACAGGCACUGCGGGUGGUAAAAACGUAUUGCUGGAUGAAGUCGACAACUACAUACUUGACAUUUUGGGCAAUGAGUCGACAGUUGUUCAGGAUCUCGGCCAGUCCGAAAGUGAUGGAGUGUCCUCCAAUUUGGACAAUACAUUGGAACAAAUCCAACCAGAAAGGACGAGACCAACCAACAGGAAAAGAACAUAUAAUUUACAAGAUAGACAUGAGGAGUUGAAGCUUGAACUCUUAGAAACCGAAAUUUACAAAAUAAGCUAAAAAUUUUGUCAUUAGAACAAAAAUUAGGUUUGAAACGAUCAAAAUUCACAGCGGAUUUGGAGAA